CAAUAGGGGCGGGCAGCCCGUUGGAGAGGAUCACAUUGUACUUGAAUUCAGGGGCGGCCUCCGUCCAUGUAUUCGCAAAGGCGCCCAGAGGAUGUAUGCAAUGCGCCCCCCUGGGCGAUCCGCAACUUUUGUUCCCCCCAGGUACGCUGGGACAGCGACCUUGUUCUGUGCCAGUCGGUAUCGGGAUGGUUUUGUGACGAUGAGGCAUCGGACGACCUGGGAUCCGAGCGUGAUCUCACCCAAGAUUUUGCACACCCUGCCCGAGCAGGGCCGUGGACCGGCGGGCGCUGCCGUGCAGCAUCCGCGUUGGCUGGCGCCGAAGCUGGCCGGCGGCAGACCGCCGUGUCCGCGUUGCCGCCGCAGCUGCCCGCCUCGGCGCGUGGCGAUUGCGCUCGAGGAUCAGACGCUGUCCUGGUUUGCCGCCGCCCGUCCCGCGGGCCGCGCCUCGCCGCACUGGCGGGAGCUCGCCUGUACGGAGGAGGUGUCGCUGGAGCUUCGGCUCCCGCAUCGGAGCCGAGGUCCUCGCUAGGCGCGGCCGCUGCUGACGAGGAGCCAGAUCAGGAGCUGGUGCUCGCCGACACCAGGGUGCUCCUGGUGUGUGGAGCCCUCGCCUGCUUCGUCGGCAGCGUCACGGCUGUCUACGUGGCGCUCACGCACGACCCUAACAGGAAAGAGGACCGACCCUUGUGGCGGCGCGGGGAGUACCUGGCCGGGGCGAGCGUGGUUGGCGCUCUCGCUAUGGCUGUGAUCGCACAGCGCGGCGGCCCCAAGUAGAGCUUCGCUAGCCAGCCCGCUGUCUUUGCACUCUUCCUGCCAGCUCAGGCCCUCUUGGCCCGUCCUAGGCACUUUUCUGGAGCUUCUGCCUGUCCUCACCGUCGGGCAUCGACAGAGGUGUCCCUGCCCCGAGGUGUCCUCAGUUUUUUCUUCUUUACUUUCUUGAGCCCCUGGAGGCCCUCUGGGCCUUGCGUGGGGUGCCCCGGAGGCCACCCUGGGCCUCCCUGGAACGGCCGGGGCCACCCUGGGGUCAGGGGCCACCUUUGACAGCGCCCGAGUCGUCGCGCGCGCCUCCCCGGUCUCCGCCGCUGGACGACCCGAGGUGGGCAGGGCUGCGCGCGGACCCGCCGGGGCUCUCCGAGCGCUGGCCGCAAAUACCCGGCGGAUACAGGACUCGCCUUCGCACGAGCACCUCUGCGCGCGCCCGUCCCCGCGCUUGCCUCC